AUGAACUUGCCAUCCGCCGUUCUACUUAGACCUCCCGACAACGCUUCAACAACCGCAAAUCCUUUCCUGCUCCUUAGUCAUCUGCUAGCACAUGACCUCCCAAGGAAAUCCUCCGCGGCUCCUGCUCUGCUUCAACUACAACUUCAGCAACAUACGCCCGAUCCCCUCGUGACCUAUGAUCAGGUAGAAUUUGGGGCCAGUCAUGAAUCUUUAACUUCCCUCUCACACGAGCCUCGGGCGGCCUCGAAUGAAAGGAGAAGUGUUAGAAUCAGGGCUCUUUUGCGAAUGUUCGAAUACUUUUAUACAUGGUCUCGUGACUCAGCGUUAACAUUUAAGAGUCUGGUGGACAUCUUUGUCAAUGAUUACGAUCCCUCGCUUCAGGCCCUAAUCGAGGACUAUGUCACCAGCCAAGCAUAUCUUCAAACUCUCAGCAAUCCCUCUGGUGAUCUUUCUAGUGGGGCUGGACUCGGUGAGCCCAAGUUUAAUGCCGAUAGGACUCCAUUUACAGCGUCUUGGGGUCGUCCUCAGCGUGACGGACCCGCUCUACGGGCUACUACGAUGAUCGCCUACUCCCAAUGGCUCAUUGAAAAUGGCUAUAGCUCAACAGCCAGUGAAACUGUAUGGCCUAUAAUUCGAAACGAUUUGAGCUACAUUGCACAAUAUUGGAAUGAGACGGGAUUUGAUCUUUGGGAAGAGGUAGAGGGCUCCAGUUACUUCACAAUCUCAUCGCAGUACCGUGCACUAGUUGAGGGAAGCACAUUGGCCGCAAGACUAGGAAAAAAAUGCGAGUCUUGCGAAACCCAGGCUCCCCAAAUUUUAUGCUUCCUGCAAAGUUUUUGGGACCCCCACCGUGGCUACAUGUUGGCAAAUAUCAACGAUAAGUCUGGUCGUAGUGCUAUAGACUCCAACACCAUAUUAGCAUCCAUCCAUCAGUUUGACUCGGCUUUUGGUUGUGACCGCUUGACCAUGCAGCCGUGCUCGGAUCUAGCCCUGUCCAAUCACAAGAUUGUAACGGAUUCGUUCCGACCCGUCUACGCCGUCAAUUCUGAAAUUCCUCUUGGUAGGGCGGUGUCUGUGGGUAGAUAUCCCGAGGAUGUUUACUAUAACGGUAAUCCUUGGUAUCUUGCCACUUUCGCAGCCGCCGAGCAACUUUACGAUGCCAUCUACACUUGGGAAAAAUACCAAGUGAUCAACGUUACCGACAUCUCAAUUGGAUUCUUCCGCGAUUUAAUCCCAACCAUCCGUACUGGAACUUACACAGAAGCAUCCUCCGUCUAUCAUCAAAUCAUUGAUGCCACAUUUUCUUACGCUGAUGGAUUCAUGCAAAUUGCGGCUACCUAUACACCCACAAACGGUUCACUUUCGGAGCAAUACGAAAAGAGGACUGGUAACCCUCUUUCAGCUUACGACUUAACCUGGUCAUAUGUUGCCUUUAUUUCAGCUGCGGCCCGCCGCUCUAAAGUAGUUCCUCGCUCCUGGGCCCCGGACUUGCCGAUCAACUCGAUCCAUCAGUUACCCUCUGUCGAACUUGCCAAGACAACUUAUGGUGAUACGAUAAAAAUUUCUGGUUCCAUACCUGAUUUGGGAAACUGGAAUCCGGAACUCGCUGUUCCCCUCUCGGCUGAUCAAUACAGCGCCAACCACCCACUCUGGCAGGGAACCAUAACCUUAGAUGCAGGACUCUCAUUUGAGUACAGAUAUAUUAACGUUAAAUCAGAUGACACUAUCCAAUGGGAAGAAGGAAUCACUCACACAUUUAGUGUACCCACUGGUUGUGAGACAGCAAUUUCAGUCGUUAACAGAUGGCGGAUGUAUUAA